CUGCUUUAGAUCAACGGCCAGUGGCGGGGCGCGGGUGGUCAAUCAAUAUGGCCGACUUUCACCGGUUGGUUUGACUGUUUUGAUAUUCGAUAAAAAUAAUCUUUUCGUGUUACAUAAAACUGUCGUAGACUCUUCGAAUAUAUUUAUUGUGUACUGUAGUAUCUGUUAUUAACUAUGGAAGCGCUUAUACCAGUUAUUAAUAAGUUACAAGAUGUUUUUAACACAGUCGGAGCCGAUGCCAUCCAAUUACCUCAGAUAGUAGUUUUAGGAACUCAGAGCUCUGGUAAAAGUUCAGUCAUAGAAAGUUUAGUUGGCCGCUCAUUUCUUCCCCGAGGCCCUGGAAUUGUGACUAGGCGACCACUGGUUCUGCAACUAGUCUACAGCCCUAAGGAUAGCAAGGAACAUCGCUCAGCUGAAGAAGGAACUGUAAACCUAGAAGAAUGGGGCAAAUUUCUGCACACCAAAGACAAGAUAUACACAGAUUUCGAUCAAAUGAGACAGGAAAUAGAACGAGAAACAGACCGCAUGGCUGGCAGCAACAAGGGUAUCUGCCCAGAGCCUAUAAGUCUCAAGAUUUUCUCUACCAGGGUUGUAAACCUCACUUUAGUUGAUCUCCCUGGUAUUACAAAGGUACCAAUUGGUGAUCAGCCGGAAGACAUUGAAAACCAAAUAAGGAAUCUUAUUAUAAAGUACAUUUCAAACCCUAACUCUAUAAUAUUGGCUGUGACUGCCGCUAACACUGAUAUGGCAACAAGUGAAGCUAUUAAAAUGUCCAAAGAGGUUGACCCAGAUGGUAGGAGGACUCUAGCUGUGGUUACUAAGCUGGAUCUCAUGGAUGCAGGAACUGAUGCCAUAGACAUCCUUUGCGGCCGCGUCAUUCCCGUAAAACUUGGCAUUAUCGGAGUUGUAAACAGAUCACAGCAAGACAUUAUUGAUAAUAAAUCAAUAGGGGAUGCUCUCAAAGACGAAGCAACAUACCUCCAAAGGAAAUAUCCAACGAUCGCCACACGCAAUGGCACGCCACACUUGGCAAAGACCUUGAACAGACUACUGAUGCACCAUAUUAGGGAUUGUCUGCCGGAAUUAAAGGUUCGCGUCAACGUAAUGAUCUCACAGUUCCAAUCUCUUCUCAACUCUUAUGGAGAAGAUGUUUCGGAUAAGUCACAAACUCUACUUCAAAUUAUUACAAAGUUCGCUAGCGCAUAUUGCUCCACCAUUGAAGGUACUGCCAGGAAUAUAGAGACAACCGAACUUUGCGGAGGCGCCAGAAUAUGUUACAUAUUCCAUGAGACGUUUGGCCGCACCUUAGAUUCUAUACAUCCCCUUGUUGGUUUGACGCGUAUGGACAUUCUGACCGCGAUCCGCAAUGCUACGGGUCCACGACCAGCUCUUUUUGUCCCCGAAGUCUCGUUUGAACUGCUUGUGAAGCGGCAGAUAAGGAGGCUUGAAGACCCAUCACUCCGUUGCGUGGAACUGGUCCACGAAGAGAUGCAGCGUAUAGUGCAGCACUGCGGUACUGAGGUGCAGCAAGAGAUGCUUCGGUUCCCGCGCCUGCACCAGCGCAUCGUCGACGUAGUCACGCAACUACUGCGCACACGACUGCCGGCUACUAACGCUAUGGUGGAGAAUUUGGUACAAAUUGAACUGGCGUAUAUCAACACUAAGCACCCUGAUUUUCACCGCGAAGCUGCCUUGGUGUCCGGCUUGCUGAAGAGUACAGACAGCCUGAUUGACGAGCACAGUCCCGUGUACCGGCAGAAGACCCCACGGCCCACGUCCUCACCGGUAUUCGCCAUGUUCAAACUAUUUCUUCGACAAAUGGGUGAAAGAGGGUCCACCCUAGUAUUCUUGGCAAGUGUAUGGGAAUCCCACAAUAAGCAUGUGCCAGCGAUCACGGAUGGUCAGGAAAACAAGUCUCCAACUCAGAGUAAUAACAGUGAAUCUCCUGCAACUCCACAGAUGAAUGGAACACCAGAGAAUAAAGUACUGACUCCUCAAAAGCCCGUGAAUCUUCUACCAGAAGUGCCGAGCCAGACCUCGCGCAAGCUCUCCGACAGAGAACAACAUGAUUGUGAUGUCAUUGAACGGCUGAUCAAAUCUUACUUUUACAUAGUACGCAAAUCUAUCCAGGACUCUGUUCCCAAAGCUGUGAUGCAUUUCCUAGUGAAUUAUGUAAAGGAUAACUUGCAGUCUGAGCUAGUUACCCAUUUGUACAAGUCUGACCAGGCAGAGAGCAUGCUCAACGAAUCGGAACAUAUUGCGCAGCGGCGGAAGGAGGCCGCUGACAUGCUGAAGGCUCUGCAGCGUGCUGGUCAGAUCAUCAGUGAGAUUCGUGAAACGCAUAUGUGGUGAUGGUCAACGGAUGACGAAGACUCUAGUCUGUGAAUUAGUGAAUUUGGGCCGUGAGCUCUGUACAUACUCCUUUUAAAGUAGGUAAAUUAUGUGCAUUAGGCUUUUUUACUUACGUUUUACAUACAUUUGCUUUUAUCAUUCAACUCUGCCGCUCUCUUUGCUAUGUAUUAGAAGUAUGUAUUUAUUCAUGACAUUAUGUCGCAAACCAAAAAUUCUGAGUAAAAGCAGAAAUGUAGAAGCAAAUGCAUGUUAGUUAAUAGUUGGGACAUUUUUAAAAUGGCACCGCAAUAAAACUAUAAUUAAGUAUUCAGUCAUUUUGCAGUUUUGUUGUAGAAAGUACUUAUUGUUGUCAAUUGAUAUUUUUUGUCAUCAUGUAGGAAGUUCUAUUUGUGUCAUCAUGCAUGAAUUGUUUUAAUAAUUCAAGCUCAAAUGUGUGUGUCUUUUAUCAGACUGCUCAUUUUGAACUUUGUUGUGUAUAUUUAUGCUCUCGAAAGUAUUUCGAAUUUAUAGCCAUAAUAAUAACCUUUAUCCAUACACACUGAGCAUGAGUUUUUAAAACACUUAUUUUGUCAUUCGAUUUUAGUUUUUAUUAGCAGGCAUCACGCUUAUAUAAGCUUGAGUUUAGGCUAUCACAUGGUUCUGUGGUUGAUGUCUUAGCUAACUGGACAAUUAACUUGCUUGAUAAAAAUACAGUAUGGUAAACAGUAAUUUAAAGGCUCCAAACCCAUUUCGAUGUUGAUGUAGAUGGUACUUGAUACAGAUGAAUUAGUACUUUUUGUUUAUUUUGGUUACACAAGUCUGUGCCAAUUCAUUUUAUAUGAGGAGAUGACUUCUAAGAAUGCGUCUGUUGAUAGUCGCACUUGAUUAAAUGUUGCACAAAUGUUAAACAUUCACUUUAGUUACCAUUUCACUAUUGUAUGAAUUGUAUGCACAUAAUGUAGGUGUAACCAUAAAAUGUACUCACAUUGUAGUUAUUAAUGCAGUGAUAUUACUUGUAAUGUCUACUAUAUACCUAGACAUUUCCGUUAAAGUUGGCUGUCCUUAGUAGUUUUAUUGUACCUUUUAAUGAAAUUGUUUUGCUCGUAAUGAUUGAAUGGUGUGUAGUCAGGUACUAUGUAUUAGAUGUAUUAUUCUGUCUAUCCCUAUUUACAGGGUUGGUUUGUUACUUUUAAAGUAGAUGUCUGUGACCAAUACAAGGCUUUUAUCAUUGAUUACAUUGUAAGUUGAUAUAGGGCAAUAUUAAAUAGUAAUAAUAAAUUGCUUUUACAGUGUAUUUUAAAUAUAGUUCCUUGUUUGAUAGUUUAUAAUUUGGCAUGCUGUGUUAUAAAAAAAUCAUUCGAGUUUUCAAGUCAUUUUGUGUCAUGUCCAUGCUAAAGUAAUUUAUUUGUUUUAUCACGAUCUAGCAUAGUGAGUAUUCCAAUGUUACAUGAUGUAUUUAUUGUUAAAGUCCAAAAGUGAUUUGCUAUAUGUAUCAAACGAAACCAAUUGAAUGUUACAUAAAUAAGAUUGUAUUUAAAAGUCUGUUAAAUAUUAAAAUAGAUAAUUUGUCAUGGUCAAAAC